GUGGACCGCAUAACAACAGUGGGAGAGAGCGACGCCGACGCCGCCGGACGCUUUUACGCGAGAGAAACGUCAUUCGUGCCGCGAGCGCACAUGGUGUUUGUUUACUUCGCAUGCAGCGGAUCGUGUUCUAUAUUAGCUCGUAGUAAAUUCAAUUUAAAUAGUUAACUGUUUCAAUAGUUGUCAGCCAAUUGUGAACGAAAUGAAGUUCGCUUAUAAGUUCAAAAACCUGCUGGGCUCCGUGUACCGGAAAGGUACCCUUAUAUUCAGCCCCGAUGGAAACUCUGUCAUCAGUCCGGUGGGCAAUCGGAUCACGAUUUUCGAUUUGAAGAACAACAAAUCGCACACCCUUUCGCUGGAGAGCGAACACAACUACACGGCGCUGGAUUUAUCUCCGAACGGAUGCAUCCUGGUGGCGGUCAACGAAACCGGCGAGGCCCAGAUGAUCAGUAUGAUUUCCCACACCGUGAUCCAUCGGUACAAGUUCAAGGGGGAAGUGAAACACCUGCGGUUCAGUCCGGACGGGAAGUUCUUCGCCGCCUCGGUCAGCAAUGCGAUUCUUGUUUUUCGAGCCCCGGGGGAGCUGAGUGGGACCUACAACUCGUUUGUGGUUCAGCGGGCAUUCGAGAUUGCGUACGAUGAGACGACGUUCAUCGAUUGGGCUUGUAACUCGAAGAUUCUCGCUGUUGGAUCGAAGGACAACUCGGUUCGAGUGCAGGGCGUAGAGUUCCUCAGGAACUUCAGACCGUUUAUUCUGGGUGGCCACCGAGACGCAAUUGUGGGAUGUUUCUUCGAGGAAACAACGCUGGACGUCAAUACGGUCAGUAAGGAUGGUUUACUGAUGCUGUGGGAAUGUAGUGUUGAAGUAGACGAUAUUUCAACGGGUUAUAAGAACGAGACAUGGGAUGUUCCUUCCUUAAAGAAGCAAAAAGAGAAGGAUGAAGAUGAGCUGGAGGAUGACAUCGAGGCCGACAAGGAUUAUGAAAAAUCCGGCAAAGAAAAGGACGACAACGUUGAACACGUUCAGGGAGAUUUCGACAAAGAUGAUGAUCGAGACCUGAAGGGAAGAUUGGUUAAGAAGGAACCUAAAAAGGAUUUCAAAUAUAAGCGACUUGCUCGGCACUAUCUGGCGGAUGAAGCCCGGAAAGAGAAUCCGAAAGCGAUUGUCACAGCUGCGGCGUACCACAAGAAAAUGAAGAUACUUAUAACCGCCUUUUCCACCGGAGUCUUCUAUCUUCACGAGCUUCCUGACGUCAAUAUGAUUCACUCGUUGAGUAUAUCCGAUUUCCGGAUUGAUUCAGUUACCUUCAACAAUACCGGAGACUGGCUUGCAUUGGGAGUUCCCGAAGUCGGCCAAUUACUGGUUUGGGAGUGGCAGAGCGAGCAGUACAUCAUGAAACAGCAGGGUCAUUCAACGGGAUUGAAUUGCGUUACAUACUCACCAGACGGUCAACUCCUGGCCACAGGUGGCCUGGAUGGAAAGGUCAAACUGUGGAACAUCUCCAACGGGUUCUGCUUCGUCACGUUUACCGAGCAUUCCAGCGCCGUUACUUCCGUUGAAUUCAGUGGAAACAAAAAGUUCUUUGUAACUGCAUCUCUUGAUGGAACCGUUCGUGCCUACGAUAUCGUCCGAUACAGAAACUUCCGGACGUUCACCUCGCCUGAACCGGUCCAGUUCGCAUCGGUGGCGGUGGAUCAUUCCGGGGAGCUGGUCGCUGCCGGUGGUCAGGAUGUUUUUGAAAUCUAUCUGUGGUCCAUGAAGCUCGGCCGUCUCCUGGAAGUCCUAAGUGGUCACGAAGGUCCUGUCGUCACCUUGGCAUUCUCUCCAGUUGCUUCAUCCUCCACCAUGGUGUCCGGUUCCUGGGAUAAAACGAUACGUGUGUGGGACUGUUUGGAAUCAUCGGGCGCAAGUGAAACCAUCGAUGUUGCGUCGGAUGUGCUUUGUGUGGCAUUCAAACCGAAUGGCGAAGAAAUUGCGGCGGCAUCGUUGAACGGAAACAUUACGGUGUUCCAUGUGAAGACCGCCCAACAGGUGGCGUCCAUCGAGGGACGAAACGACAUGGGCGGCACGGUGUCGGAAACGGACCUUAACACUGCGCAGAAGAAUCUUCUGGGAAGAGCAUUCACAUCCAUUUGCUAUUCGGCGGACGGCGAAUGUAUCCUGGCGGGUGGCAAGUCCAAAUACGUCUGCAUCUACAACGUGCGAGAAGCCAUUCUGCUCAAGAAAUUCCAAAUCACCCAGAAUCGAAGCCUGGAUGGGAUGGACGAAUACAUGAACCGCAAAAAUUUGACCGAAUUCGGCAACAUGGCCCUCAUUGAACAGCGAGAGGCACUCGAGGGUGGCAACGUAGCUAUUCGUCUACCCGGUGUUAAACGAGGCGAUCUUUCCGCGCGGAACCUUAAACCCGAAGUCAACGUCUUUUCCGUACGUUUCUCCCCCACCGGUCAAUCGUGGGCCGCUGCCUCAACCGAAGGUCUACUGAUGUAUUCCCUCAACAAGGGAAUCGUUUUCGAUCCGUAUCAACUCUCGGUGGAAAUUACUCCGAAAGCUACCAGAGAACUGCUCAAGAAGCAGGACUACUCGGCGGCUCUGAUCAUGGCGCUGAAAUUGAACGAGAACGGACUGAUUCACGAAGUGAUCGAGAAGGUGCCCUAUUGCGAUGUGGAAUUGAUUAUACAGUCUCUGUCGGAUGAAUUCGCUCACCGGACUCUGAUGUUCGUUUCGAAGAUCAUUGCCCCCAGUCCCCACAUAGAAUUCUACCUCAAGUGGUCCAAUCUGCUACUGACGAAACUGGGUCAACAGGAAAACGUGCUUACCCAGCAGACGCUGGUGCUGCUUCACCAGAAUCUGAACCGGAAAUACGAAGCAUUGAAUAAGAUAUGCGACUUCAACAAGUAUACAAUCCAAGUGUUGAAAAACAUGAGCUUGGAUAAAGAAAAGAAAGACGAACGAAAGCGACUAGAUAUGGCGAACGAUGGUGGCGAUGAAGAGGUAAGUGAUAGCGAACUGAUGUUGAUGGAUGGAGAUCGUGAUCAAGGGAACAGCGACGACGAUAGUGAUGGAGACGAUGUUUCGUAGGAAUAAAAGUCUUAACACGUUAUGCAA